AUGGCAUUUAGCUCAAGAGUAUGCGAAAAUAUAGAAAAAGGAAAAUAUCCUAGCGCAUACAUUUUUUCACCUAAAAAGGGGAUUAAAACAAAAAGACUUAUAACAGGAUUGGAUUUUGCCUCAUUAUAUCCUAAUCUCAUCAUGGCUUACAAUCUCUCUCCAGAUAAAAUAAUACUAAUACAUGGAGAGGUCGAUAUUGUGGAAACAUUUUACAUAAGAUUGAGUUUCUAUUCAAUAACCGCACCAUUUAAGCUUAGAGUAAAAGAAAAGCUACAACUUGAGAAGAUGAUUAGUUCUGCUAAAAAAAGAGGCAAGCAGAGAAAAAAUAUAAAGAUCCCUGACUCUGUGAAACACUUUAGCUAUAUCAUAGUGAAUAACAAUCUUCGUUAUAAAAAAGAUGGUUCAAAAUUGACAAGAAAAGGUGAUUACAUGAAGUUUUCAGAAAUUGCAAAAGAGUUUAAUAUGAAGAUAGAUAUCGGUCACUAUUUAGAAUAA